AUGCCCAACAGGAGAGUCGUUCCCAUGAGUAAUGGUAAUGCGUUGAAUUCCUAUAGACAGAGCUUCCUGACAUCUCAGAACACUUCACAAAUCUAUUACACGGGAUGUGGAAUGAACCCAGCUCGGUCGUUUGCCCCGGCCGUGCUCACCAGAAACUUUGGAAACCAUUGGGUGUAUUGGGUGGGUCCCCUGAUAGGGGGUUCCAUAGCAGCGCUGGUCUAUGAUUUUAUCCUCUUCCCCAGGAUGAGGGGUCUCUCAGAGAGACUGGCCAUCCUGAAAGGAGCCCAGCCCCCAGAAGGCGAGGGACAGCAGGAACCCAGAGGUGACCCAAUUGAACUUAAAACACAAGCUUUAUAAGACGAGUACAGAGAGGAGUUUACAACACAAGGACUGUCCUCCCAUCACCCAAGUGACGUGAACUUUACUGUGUUGUUAUUGAAGGUGUGAUUGAAAGAAUAUAAAUGCUGUUAACUAUCCCACCACGGGGAAU